GGGAGAGCCGGCGGUGGGGUACCCGGAUGUGAGCUGCGGCGGGCGGUGGCGGCUGAGCGGCUCGGGAGAGAAGAGUGGGGAGGGGUCCAUGGAGGGAGAGGACGGGCCUGGCUGGGUUGACUCUCACAGCCAUAAUGGAUGACUUGAACCUGCACUACCGGUUCCUGAACUGGAGGAGGAGGAUCCGGGAGAUUCGGGAGGUGCGGGCUGUCCGCUAUCAGGAGAGAUUCAAACACAUUCUCGUCGACGGGGACACACUGAGUUACCAUGGGAACUCCGGGGAGGUUGGCUGUUAUGUCGCCCCCCGCCCACUGACCAAAGACAACAACUACUUUGAGGUGUCGAUUGUGGACAGUGGUGUGCGGGGCACCAUUGCUGUGGGCCUUGUGCCACAGUAUUACAGCCUGGACCAUCAGCCGGGGUGGCUGCCUGAUUCCGUGGCCUACCAUGCUGACGAUGGCAAGCUCUACAAUGGCAGAGCGAAGGGCCGACAGUUUGGGACGAAGUGCAGCUCGGGGGAUCGGAUCGGCUGCGGGAUCGAGCCAGUUUCUUUUGAGGUCCAGACAGCCCAGAUAUUCUUCACCAAGAACGGAAAGAGGGUGGGCUCCACCAUAAUGCCCCUGUCCCCGGAUGGGCUCUUCCCUGCCGUGGGGAUGCACUCGCUGGGAGAAGAGGUUCGGCUCCACCUCCACGCCGAGCUGGGCAACGAGGAAGACGACAGUAUCAUGAUGGUGGACAGCUAUGAGGAUGAGUGGGGCCGGCUCCACGACGUGAAGGUUUGUGGCACGCUCCUGGAGUACGUGGGCAAGGGGAAGAGCAUCAUCGACGUUGGGCUGGCCCAGGCAAGGCACCCCUUGAGCACCAGGAGCCACUACUUUGAGGUGGAGAUCGUAGACCCCGGGGAGAAGUGCUAUAUCGCGCUAGGCCUGGCCCGGAAGGACUACCCGAAAAACCGCCAUCCCGGCUGGAGCAGAGGAUCUGUGGCCUACCAUGCAGGAGCAGACACUGGUAGAGACCGGGGGGACAGGGGUGUGCGUGCAGCCCAUCCCCCCGAAUACGCCCAUCCCCCCAGCUGCUGGGGAGGAAGAGUACAAGCAAACAACCUCGGUGGGCAAGGGCAAAGCGCCAGACGAUGGGAAGAUCUUCCACGGGAGCGGCGUGGGCGACCCCUUCGGGCCCCGGUGCUACAAGGGCGACAUUAUGGGCUGCGGGAUCAUGUUCCCGCGGGAUUACAUCCUCGACAGCGAAGGCGACAGCGACGACAGCUGCGACACCAUGGACCUGAAGCCCAAGCUGCGGGGCGUGCGGAAUGUCAUGUACCUGCACCAGGAGGUGGAGGAGGAGGAAGAGGAGGAGGAGGAAGAGGACGGGGAGGAGAUGGAGCAGGAGCACGAAGGGAAGAAAGUGGUGGUAUUCUUCACACGCAACGGGAAGAUCAUUGGCAAGAAGGACGCGGUGGUGCCGGUCGGCGGCUUCUUCCCCACCAUUGGCAUGCUGAGCAGUGGGGAGAAAGUCAAGGUGGACCUCCACCCGCUCAGCGGCUAGGAGCCAGGGGGCAUAUCCCAUCCUCUGCCCCGCUCUCGGGGUCAGCACCCUCCCCAUGGGGCACCCUGGGGACAUUCUCCAUCACUUCAAUCCCUCGCGCUUUGAGCCUCUGCCUGUAGGGGGCAGUGCUUUGUCGCUGGUGGCCGAAGUAUUAUCCCAGCUGGUUCCGCGAGUGCCCCGCUGGGCCCUGGUGCCCGGCAGUCUGCAGGUGGGACGUUGGGUGGCUGGAGAGAGCUCCGGAAGCUCUGGAUGUGCCUGGUGCUGCCCCCCCAGCUCUGUCCAGUGCCAGGCAGAGCACAGGGCAAUCUCCUGUUUGUAGCAACUUGCCAAGCCUUGGGCCCAGCCUGUCCGUCUCAGUGUGGUGUGUGACGUGCGGAGACAGGAGCCGCCUGAGGCCCAAUUCCCACCCCCCUGUGUGGGGCUGGCCCUUCCCCCCAGCUGGCGAGAUUCCUCUUUGCUUUAAUUUCCUGUCUGGCUGCUGCUCUGUUGCAGGGAUCCCGGUAGCUGGGCACCCGGCUUGGGCUCUGGCUAUCACCUGAGCAUGCGUGAGAUCUCUGCCCACUGGGGCCUCUCCCGUUACCACGGAUGGUUUUACAGCACUGUGGCCUCCUGCCUGCCCCAGCUCGGCCUGCCCUGGUGUUGGUGAGGAAUCAGGCACCACGCAGAUGGGGGUCUGGGCUGCCUCGAAGCCUCUCCCUGCUGUCCUGCGGUGCCCGAGCCUUGCCCCACUUGCUAAAGAACCGGUGUCCUGGGCUUCCUUCUCUGUCCCUCUCUGUAGCCGGCGAUGGCCAACCCUCCGCCCCUCAUGCCCAUACUGGUUGCCUUAUUACAGUGUCAUGCCAUCCCUCGGGGGGCUGGGAUGGCCUGACCCAUGGUGCCAAGUCCCCAGGCCAUCAGCCAGGCUCCCAGGGGGCAGGGCACAGGCCGGGGGGCAGGCUAGGGUUUUGUCCCUGACCGGUGUCUCGUUCUGCCCUCUGAGGUCAGGGGCUGGGGGCGUCAGGGGGAGCGAACACUGGCUGCUGUGAGCCCUGAUGUAGCGUCAGGCUGGGGCUGGGCCUUGAGGGGCAGUGCCGCAGCCCAGAGCCCCUUUGUGGGGGGCCACAGUCAGCAAACCCCGGCCCUGCGGGGGGUGAUCUCAGCUGCCCCACACCCAGCCCCCUGACCCUGGAGCCCCCUAGACCCCAGCCCAUCUCCCAUCCUAGGGAUCACCAGGAGGUCUGUAAGGGGCAGGGCAGAUGGGUGGGUGUCUUCAAGGUAACUGGGGCUUCCCCCAUUAAGCAGCCCCCCCCUCCCCCCCCCGCAAGCUUGGACAUUCUUGCUCCCCCCUAGCCUGGUGUCAGCAUCCCCCCAGGUUGGGCUUGUAGCCAGGCUCGGGGCAGCCCAGCCCUCGCUGCUCCAUCCACUGUUCCCUGCGGGCCAAUUCAGCCUUCCACUUCCCAGAGUCCAUGUGGACCGGGUCAGGGCCGCCCCCCCCCCAGUUCCGAGUCUGCCCGUGGCUCCCCCUCCCACCCCCGCCCUCAUCCUCCUUUGAGGGGUAGCUCCCUAGCCUGUGGCGGGGGUCCCCCUUGCUGGGCUGGAGGACGUGGUCCUCAUGUGGGGUGGCAUGUGGGGGGUCACGGCGGGGAGGCCUAUUUCCAAUGCUGGGGAUUGCAGCACCUGCCCCAGAGCUUACACAUACCCUCCCCUCCCCCCCAAGUGCUGGUGCCUGCCCUGCUGCCAAUGCGGGGGCAAAGGAUGGCGAUGGAACCCGCCUGUGCCCUCCAAGGGAAGUGGGGGCUAAUGCAGCCAGGGCUUGGGCAGCCUAGUGUCUCAGCCCAGGCUGGCGGGGCUGCAGGGAGUGAGGGGGAUGCUCUGAUGGGGGGCAGAGAAUGAAUUCAGGGGGCACGCGAGGGCUCGUUGGCAGAGUUAACGUUGGGGCAGGUUCCUUCACUCCUCUCUACGGCUCUCUUGGGACACCUGGGGCCAGGGCUGCCAACUGCGCCCAGGUGGCUGCUAGCUAAUGAGAGCUGAGUCGCUGGAAGGGUCUCACCCCCCACCCCGCUCCCACCCCUGCCUGGGCUGCCCCAGCCCUGUGAUGCCGAAAGCUCCCUGGGCCUACGGGGUCAUGUCUGUGAUGGCUGGGGGGCUGGCUGUGGACCAGGUGCCACUGGGGCUUAUGCUGCUCUUUCUUUGCUUAAUUGUUAUCAGAUCUUGUGAAUGUAAAAAUCAGCCCCCUCCCCCUUUUGUGUAUCCCCCCAGCCCAGGUCUGGACACAGCCCUUAGCUGCUAGUGGGAAAUCAGUGAGCCUGGGGAGGGCUCCAGUUGUGAGACUCUCCCCUGCUAGGCUUCAGCUGGGAGGGCGUGAUCCCCUGGGCUGGGACCCUGCCCGGGUCCCAUCUGCAUGGAGCCCAUCCUCCCUCCCCCCCGCCCGAGAUGGGGAUCUCACCAGUGCUGAGGCUGCUGCUGGCUGAGAAACCCGGACUUUGCACCUACGGGGAAUCAAGUGUUUUGACCCAGCCAGGUUGAGAUCCCCCCCAAUCCCCACCCCCAGUCUGCGCUCUCCACCCUCCGACUUACACGUCUGUACAUACUGAGAUCUUUAUACAUACUCAAUAAAGAUGGAGUUUCCAUAUUUAUCUGUA